AUGGACUCCCCCGUUUCCACGUUCUCGUCGUCGCUGCCGAGCACGCCCAACGGCAAGUACACCCACGAACAGGCACUAGAGUACAUCCGUGACUUGGAGACGGAGUACAACGACUUCACCAAGGUGUACAAGAAUAUUGAGCUUGAGUUGGAGCAGGAACUCGCGGAUGCGGCGCUAGAAAAAACCCAGCUCCAAGAACAGCUAUCAACCAAGGAUGUCCAAUUGCGCGACUUGAAACUGAAGCUAGAGGGGCUUUCUAACGAAUUAAAUGAGCUUACCGGUAAACAGCAGGAAACAACCUCCACGCUCAAGGGAAAACUCAAGUCUAACCAGGAGAAAUUGACCACGGUGGAGAUCUUGAACGACACAUUUGAAAACAACGAACGCCAGAUCAUAUCCCAGCUCACCCAGUUACGGGACGCCAAUAACGAGUUACUCGAGAAGACGGCAAUCCUUGAAAACGAUUUAAUGGUCCAGAGAGAGCAUUUAAUCAAGGAAAAGCUCAACCGAACGAAUGAUUCGAUCGUGAUUGCCGACCUCAAGCAACAGAUUACCAAGCUCACCAAUGAAUUGGCUGCUUCCCAAGGAGAGAACCAGCGACUCCGGAAGAAAGUCGGUCUCCAGGUUAAUAAUAAGCCUCCAAAGGUCUCCAGACACACCACCCUGCCGGUGAAAACAAAAGACCCAUCAAAGUAUAUCCCCGGU